AUGGAAGAUUUUCAUAAAGAAGAAUUGUCUUUGUUCACUACACCCUCAGCAACCACGGCAGUACAAUCGAGAGAGUGGAUCACUUAUCGUCCAGCAAAUCAAGUCACCAACUUAUCGGCACUCGAAUUUAACAUACCCGGUCAGUCUUUGGCGUAUUUGGAUCUGAAAAGAAGCGUAUUGAACCUUAAACUGCCAAUUGUGAAAGGCGAUGGCGCUCCUGUUAGCGCCGACGAAAUAGUUGGUCCAAUCAAUCUACCAUUUCACACCGUUUUCAGUCAGGUUGAUGUAUCUUUACAGCAGACCCCUUUGUCGCAUACAGGAAUCAAUUAUCCCUACAAAGCUUACAUAGACACGAUUUUAAAGUCAAACCGAAACAAACAGGAAAAUCUGUUAAGGAGUCAACUUUAUUAUAAAGAUACCGGAAACGUUGGCACCAAUGACGGUAAAACGGGAAAUAAUAACGGGUUGUUUUACAGAUGUGCGCUAUUUAAAGGCAGUAAAAUUGUGGAAAUGGAAGGACCAUUACAUAUCGAUUUGUUUCAACAACCCAAGUUACUCAUCAAUGGAGUCGCUGUAGGCAUUAAACUACAUCUUAACCGCGACGCCUUCACAUUAAUCACUGACAGCCCUUCUCCUGACUAUCGCAUGAAAAUAGUGGACGCUCACUUCAAACUCUGUAUUCAGCGGAUGAAAAGUGACGUAUUAGUAGCGCACGACAAUCUCAUUCAAGGCAUGUCAGCCAUUUACCCUUAUUUACGCACAGAGAUCAAGACGGCGUCCAUUGCUUCGGGUCAAUUUAGUUACAGCGCUGACGAUAUAUUUCAAGGACUGGUUCCAUGUAAACUGAUAGUAGGCCUGGUUCUUAGUGCGGCAUUUAAUGUAGUGCUUUUAAGAAGAUUUAAGAAAUGA